AUUGCUGUUAGAUUCUGUAAAAUUUUGUAACUUUUCACUUUGUUAUACUAAUUAUGGUUGAAACCAUAGCUUGAGCUUAUUAUCUUAAUCUUCAUUUUGUUUAUUCAUUUAUUUAUUUAUUUUGUGCAGAUUACGGUUUAUCAGUGUCUUGAAGGAGGAGUUAUUGCUGUUUUGCAAUCUUAUGUUGAUGAGGAUUGAGCUGGGCAAGCAAUGUUGAUGGUGCCCCAUUUCUGGUGGCUGGAGGAAUCAAUGGCGUAAUCCGAGUCAUAGAUACUGGUUCUGAGAGGAUAUACAAGUGCUGUUUUUUCAUUAGAGCUUUGUUGGGCAUGGAGACUCCAUAAACGAAAUCAGGACCCAAGCAUUGAAGUCAUCGCUUGUGAUCUCUGCAAGCAAAGAUGAAUCUGUCCGGUUAUGGAAUGUUCAUACUGGAAUAUGCAUUCUGAUAUUUGCCGGGGCUGGAGGGCAUCGUAAUGAAGUUUUGAGUGUUGACUUUCAUCCAUCAGAUAUAUACAAAAUUGCUAGCUGUGGCAUGGAUAAUACUGUAAAGAUAUGGUCGAUGAAGGAGUUCUGGACCUACGUGGAAAAGUCAUUCACAUGGACAGAUCUUCCAUCUAAGUUUCCCACAAAAUAUGUGCAGUUUCCUGUAUUCAACGCUUCAGUUCAUUCAAAUUAUGUCGACUGUAAUAGGUGGCUGGGUGAUUUUAUCCUUUCAAAGAGUGUUGACAAUGAAAUUGUCUUGUGGGAGCCUAAAGUGAAGGACCAAACUCCAGGAGAGGGUGUAGUUGACAUUCUCCAGAAAUACCCUGUUCCUGAGUGUGAUAUCUGGUUCAUCAAGUUUUCUUGUGAUUUCCAUUACAAUCAAGCUGCAAUAGGUAACAGGGAAGGGAAGAUUUUUGUUUGGGAAUUGCAGUCAAGUCCGCCGGUUCUUAUCGCAAGGUUGUCGCAUCCUCAAUCUAAAUCUCCAAUCCGGCAAACUGCCGUGUCUUUUGAUGGAAGUAUUAUUUUGAGUUGCUGUGAGGACGGCACGAUAUGGCGCUGGGACGAUGUUACAAACGUGCCACCAGCUUAGGCUUAGCUUAGCCUCCAUGACUGGUUUGGCCAGUCGUUGGAAAAUAAUUAUUUUAGGAACAUUGUUAUUAUUUGUAUUCUAUUUAUUUUAUUAUUGAAAUAGUUUGGUAAGUAUUGAAUGCUGUUUCAAAAAAUGCAAGAAAUGUUUCAAAUAUUAGGUUGACCAUAUGAAUCAAAUGAUAUUAAGUAUUUUAUUAUGAAUUGUCCUUUAAUAA